AUGCGUCGGGCGCGGGUAGCCGCUCGUCCGAAUAUCUCAGCAGCUCCUAAACAAAAGCCCAAACCAUCAGCGGAGCACUGCAAUAGCGAGAAGCAACUACUUGAAACAAAAUGUCCGCCGAUCGGUGCAGACGAAACCCGAAACGAGGCUCAUGUUGUAAAUGUGCAAAAAAAAGACGUAACGUCGCCCGUAAUGCUCAAGAUCUUGGAAAAUACCUGUGAAACAGUCGAAGCGCCCGCCAUUUCCCCGAGGAAGGUUGCUUUUGUGUCACAAGUAAAAGGCGAGGGUGGGCGAUUGUCCAGCUUUGCCAUGAUGUCUCCGCGCAGAAAUCGCAUGAAUUCUGUUUCGUCAUUAUGUGAUGGACCGUCUACACGGAAAAAAUUUCGCAAGUUUACCGGGGAGGAAAUGUUAGACACGAAGCACAUGCGAAUGUCUGACUUGGUCGCCUGGAAUCCAAAGAACGAACAAAAGCUGGAGCGCAAAAUAACCGAAGAGGCGCUAGCGCGAGAAAUUAUCCCUAAAGAAGAAAAGAAGCUACCGAUGGCGCCACAGGUCUCAAUCGGGCCCGACGGGAACCUCGUGCUCGACGAAACGAGCCUGUUGAUUCGAGAAACGGAACAAAGGGAUGUGUGGGAAAGUGUCGACGAGGAUCGACUACAUCGGCACACAACGUCAAUGUCUUUCCGGGCGCGGAAUUGGAAAAAAGGUGCAGCAUGGAGUGACAAGGAAACGGAUCUCUUUUUCGAAAUUCUACGCCAUACUGGUCCGGAUUUUGGACUAAUGCACGAAUUUUUCCCGACACGUGCCAGGAACGAGCUGAAGAGCAAGUACAAUCGAGAGGAGAAGACAAACUGGGCGCGCGUGGAUCAGGCUUUGUCGUUGCCGGCGACGUUAGACAACAAAUUGUAUCAGCACGCGGAGCAGGUCAUUAACGAGAUCAAGCAGGAGGAAGAUGAUAAACGCAUCCGGAAAAGGAAGAUUAAUAUGGAGGAGGCACGCAUCCGCAAUCGCGAACCGCACUGGGAUGAGUCGCAUUUGGAUCUCGUUGCGGAGGCCGUGAAAAUCAUCGACAGCCUCGAGCAGCAACCGGACUACUUUGAGCUGAUUAAUGAAGGGCGAAAAGCAGCCAAGCACCACCAGAUAGCCAUGGAAACCAAAAAUGCUGUUCAAGUUCUGGAAAAAGCGUCCGAAGCCAAGAAGCCCCCUGCGUUGAUCGGUUAUGGACCCACCGACCAAGCUGUUUCAAAUGUUUGCGAAGCUGUGAUGAUCCAGACAAAAAAAGUGUUUGAUAAAGCCGCCGUGGAGAAGGUUUACAAAGCAGUGCGCGCCGAUCACCAUGGAUUUGGCAGCAGAUCAGAGCAACCGGCUGCCGCAGCAGAGAGCAGCUGCCUGACGGAGCUUCCCUCCUCAUCCGUGACCGACGUACCCGCCGCAGUAGAACUGGUUGUAGAAGAGCCCCCGCUACAGCGGCCGAUCGCAAUCCGACCAAUGUUGGAUCCCGCUUCUCUUAUCGCCCUCCCACCAAUAUCCGACAUGUUGCCACCUAUCUCACACUUUCAGGAUUCCGGCGACACAUCUUCGGCCAGUGCUUUUACUACACUACAGGCCGCCGCUGCCCCACUGCACUUAUCAGAAGAAGGGCCAUCGGCGUUCUCCGCCCCAAGCCAGGCUGACAAAGCGGGAACAACUACCACUUAUUUGGUUUUUGAGGAACGACCGAUGCCCGUAAUGACGCCUUCGACAACCGCCGAAACUACUCCAACGGAGGUCGCUGCUGCCCUUUCCGGAACAAAUUCAACUAGUACAUCGUUUGAUUCUGAAGAAUUGAUGUCGAUGGGCAACUUCACCGGCAAAUCGAGUACUUUCAAACGGGCCGCUGUCAGCAAGAAGAUUUCGUCUCGGGAUCGUCUAUGGUCGUCACGUUUUCCGUUAACUGCCACUAAGAUUGCGCACGGGCCAGAAGCAAGGGCAGCAGUCGUCGAAUCGGAUAUUCGAUGUGGGUCAAACGUGGAGCAAGCCGAACUCUCUGCAAAAGACACUCUUCCGCAGUCAAGUGGGCAGCCAGCAGAAGUAUCAGGGGAGAGCAAAAGCUCUAUCUCGCCCGUUCGGAGGCCCACGAAGCGUUCUUUGCUAAAGACGGCAUCUCCUCUUGUAGAAGCGUCGGCCACGAUAUCAUCUCCUCCAGAUAACCCCGAUGUCCCGGAACCCGAACCAUCGUCUUUGCUAAAAGAGGAGCUGCUUGUCUCUGAAGUCCCGGUGCCGAAGAAAGUCGAAAUCCAAGACGUCGGAGGACUUAAACUAGCGGUCCAACCAGUCGCUGUCAAAAACCUCGGAAAAGUCCUGAUUCGCCGACCUGCCAGAAAGGCAUUUGUGGCGCCAGUGGCAAAAUGCGCUGAAAUUGCGGUGCCAGCAACGGAGUGCCAGGAAGCUCCUCUGGAACCGGCCCCCCAUACUCUCACACGACGCAACGCGAGAAACCGGAAA